AUGCCGAGAGUGUCGGUGAACCAGGCAAAGUCGAUACCGAAAGAGAAUGAUUACUUCUAUGGGAAUGAAAUAUUGCCCGAGUUCCGUGCCCGACAGAAUGCCACCCUGAAGGAGCUGGAAUCGGUGCCAGAGGACGGGCCGAACGAAGUCGGCAUGCAAACGAUCAGUCCGAAGACCGAAGUUGGGAAAUACUUCGUCGAGUUCUCCAGUGGUUCGACUAUACACGGUCUGAAUCAUUUGGUGGCGCCGCACAGGCAUCCUAUCGAGAAAUUCUUAGCUGUCCUGUUCAUCGGUGGAGCACUGGUUUGCUUGAUAUUCCUGUCGCUCACCUUUUGGGACAGAUAUCAGAACAAUGCUACCGUGAUUGUAGUAGACACCGACGCUGAACACUUUCACAUAUUCAAGCCGGCAGUGUUCAUCUGCCCUGUGCCGAACAUAGAGCCCAGCAAAUUCGCAAAAGUGUUUGAAAAUCAUAGCAUCGAGAACACACCGGAAGCAGUGGAGUUCUUCACGUUUAUAGCGAACGUUAACUACGAGAACAUGUUCCAGACACCGGACUUUGAUAAGGUACCGCCGAGCAAGUGGCUGAAAAUCCUCCAUGAAAUACGAAGGGACAUCCCAGCGGUCACUUUACAAGAGUCUGAUCCUUACGAGGCUAUCGUGAUCACGGAAAGGGGUUUAUGUCUCGCGAUGAGAAACGCUUUCGCUGUUUACACUACGUACGAAUACUGGAUGAGCAACAACUGGACCAUCCUCCCUAUCCCCAGGGACGUACCGUUCUACACUUACGACGACGACAAAUCGCAAGAAUCGUACGUCACCAAGAACGACGCUCUGUUCGCUGUGCUCGACCCUUUCGAUGUGUUGUCCUACGAAAUCCCCACGAAAUGGCUGCGGCCUCGUCUGCUGCAGCAUCCGAUCAUGACGAUAUCCCAGAUCAGAACGAACCAGGCAGUUAACAGUCUGUCGUUUUAUCAGAGGAAGUGCAAAUUUGUGAAAGACGGUGGAUUGGACUCAUGGCCAGUCUACACGAUGAACAUGUGCUCGAUCGAGUGCAGGAUGCGGGUGAUCCAGGAACACUGCAACUGCCGACCGCAUUUCGCUAGACCUAUAGAAGGAGUCGAAAUAUGCAACACGCGCCAAUUGCGUUGUAUCGGUAACCUCACGGACCAGCUCUUCCUGCACACCAGACCGCCGCCAUUUUGUAAUUGUCAACCGAAGUGCCACCAUAUUUCGUACACAUUAACCGACAACGAAAUAAGCGAGCUGGAACUUUCGACGACUUCUACGUUUCUCCCUGUGAGCCUCGUAUUUCCGAAAGUCAUUUUGUAUCGAUUGGUGCUGUUCAGCUUCAACGACUUUUUAAUUGCCGUCGGGGGAGCUGUAGGAUUGUUUCUAGGGGCGAGUGUUCUCUCUUUUGUGGAAAUCAUUUACUAUGCCACGAUUCGUGCGUGCAUUUACGCGAGACAAGCGUGUCGGAGGAACAAGAAAAAGAACACGAUGUAAAAUAAAUAUCAUCACAUACAUACAACUGUACACAUGCGACACGUCGCGACCGCACUAUUGAUUGUACACCAAUUUACAAGGAGAGUGAACCGUCCAUUGUCUCCUGUGAACAUCUUCCGUUUUGAUUUAGAGCUCUCGUGCAUCGAGACAAUUAACAAGACUAGCUAAAAC